AUGGCCGCAGCUGGUCACAUCCGUCUGGGAACUGCCUCCCCCGGCCCUCCCUCCUCCUCAUCCGAGACAAUAGCCCUCAUCGACACCAUCGCCCAACGCGCCGCUUCCUCAAAGAUCGAUAUCCUCCUCCUCCCCGAAGCCUUCAUCGGCGGCUACCCCCGCGGUAGCUCUUUCGGUUGCGUAAUCGGCGACCGCAGCGCCGCAGGUCGCGAAGAGUUCGCUCGCUACUUCGACAAUGCCAUUGACCUUGGCGAUACUGUUGGACCGGCUGGUGGUGGUGCGGGUGUUAAGUGGGUGAAGAGGCAGCUUGGUGAGGAGGAUGAGGUUCGUGGGGAUGGAUCAAGGGAUGAGUUGGAGCGCAUUGCGAGAGAUACGGGUGUUUUUGUUGUUGUGGGCUGUAUUGAGAAGGCCGGCGGGAGCUUAUAUUGCUCUGUGGUUUAUGUUUGUCCUAAGGAGGGUAUGCUUGGAAAGCGUCGCAAAGUACUCCCCACCGGCACUGAGCGCCUCGUCUGGUCACAGGGCUCACCGAGCACCCUCCGCGCGGUAACGACCACCAUUCGCGGCAUUCGCAUCAACCUCGCCGCUGCGAUUUGCUGGGAAAGCUACAUGCCUCUCCUACGACAGAGUCUCUACUCGCAGAACAUCAACUUGUAUCUCGCGCCUACAGCUGAUAACCGCGAUGCAUGGUUGAGUGUGAUGCGCACUGUUGGUGUGGAGGGACGAUGCUUCGUUGUUAGCAGUAACAUGUGCAUCCCGAAAGGCUCGCCUGCUGAGACAACUGAGACAAAUGGCAAUGGAAAUGUUCCUGCUGCUCGAGAACGACGAGGGUCAUGUCUCACGGAGGAGGGAUUCGAGAUUGCCCUUCCGAAAUCGCCUUCUCAGUCACGUCGUCGCAGAAAGUCUGUGUUUGACGAGGAUGGAAAUGAGAUUGUUCUUGGAUGCGAAGACGAUGGUGAAGCACCUGCGCCUGCUAAACGACCACAACUUGCCUCUCUGAAGGAAAGCAACAAGACUGAAGUCAACAGGGCUGACUACGUCUCGGCUGGUGGUUCAUCUAUCGUAUCACCUUUCGGAGAUGUCAUUGCCGGACCGCAGUGGGGAGACCCUGACGGUUUGAUCUACGCCGAUGUGGAUUUCCGCGAUUGUAUCAGAGGACGACUGGAUCUUGACACAGCAGGAAGCUACUCGCGAAACGAUUCGUUCAAGUUGAGUGUUGAAGGGCUGAACUUGGAUCCUCUGCCUUAUUAG